CUUUGUGCGAGGCCUCGAGGCCUCGUCAUAGCCGCGCCGGAGGGAGGGAGCGCGCGCAGCAACGCGCCCACAAACGGGGGAGUCGGCUCGGAGAGAUGCAUGGAGGCGUCGGCACAAAGGAAUAUUUGAUUCGCUUAUAAAUACCGGGACAUGAAAGAGGAGCCCAGCAGAGUGAGGGGGGAAAGGUCCGACAAGCCAUCAUCAGCACCACCAUCAUGUAUCAGUCGGAUCAUCAUUAUCACUGAAUCAAGUCACAUGCUUCAUCUGUCUGCUGCUGCUCUGUUUUGGCCUCAAACAUAAACAUAUACACAAAUAUAUAAAUUUAAUGCUGUUUUAAAUUGACUUUUACAGACUAACAUGACCAAUAAUUGUGCAAUUGAUUUUUUUUUUUUACUUUACUGCUGUUUGUGACGCACAUUACUAUUCAAAGCAGAUUUCCGUGUUUAGCCGUAAACGCGCUCUUCAUGCAGGUUAACCAGCGUUUUCUGCCCAGACAUGUCCAAGACAAUGGUGAAUUGUUACUUGGUUUAUCCUUGCGUGGUCUUUGUGCAGGUCAGACGCCCCCAGCAGCAGCAGCAGCAGCAGCGGCAGCGCCACCCUCUCCCCUCCCCUGUGUGAGUGGUUUAAAGUUUCCCCAGUCGCGCCCUGAUUGGUCCGUGGAGUUUCCCCGAGUGGGAAUAAAGUUCGGAGCGCCGCGUCGCAGCGGCCGGAGAGUUCAGCGGCGCGUGCUCUCGUAUCGAACGCAUCAGGGUGAGAGGAAACCGAGCGAUGGAGCUCGUCAUAGACAGUGCCGGGUUUGUUUUAUAGGGGGUUUCAAUCGUAAAGGUGCAGAGCCUCGCAGCCUGGGACUACUUUUUGGGGCAUUUUUUUUUAAAUCGAGCGUAAUCGCCGUCGAAAAUGUCCGCUUUUAAGGUUUGGAUUAACGCUACGUGGAUUUUAUUUCUGGCCGUUUCCGACGUGGCUUUUUCAAACUACUCCGAGGACCAGUGCAGCUGGAGAGGCAGCGGUCUGUCCCAGCAGCACGGCAGCGUGGAGCAGAUCUCCCUCCACUGCUCCGAGGGCACCCUGGACUGGCUGUAUCCCACGGGGGCCCUGCGCCUCACCCUCUCCCCCCGCCUGCCCUCCGUGGCGGUGGGGCCCGGCGGCAGCAGCUCGGGCCUCAUCACGGCCUGCGUCAAGCCCUCGGAGCAGUUCCACGGAGCCCAGCUCUACCUGGAGCGGGACGGCGUCCUGGAGCUGCUCAUAGGGGACCGCCUGGAGUCCUCGCCGCCGCCGAGGGUGCGCUGCUUCAGCCGCAUGCCCGGCGAGAGGGUGGCCCUGUUCCUGCAGGCGACGCCCCAUCAGGACAUCAGCAGGAGGAUCGCUUCCUUCCACUACGAGCUGAGGGGCGACUGGAGCGCGCGCCUGUCGCUGGACUCCAGCCCCAUCAGCAGCGAAGAUGCCUGCAGACCCUGCAACGACACAGAGAUCCUCAUGGCUGUUUGCACUAGUGACUUCGUGGUGCGGGGGAACAUCCGCUCGGUGGAGGAAGACGAGAACCUACGGGCGGCCGUGAUCAAGGUCAGCAGCACCCGGGUGUUUCGCCAGAAGUACGCGCUGUUCACCGGCAGCAGCCGCCUCGCCCGUAGGGGCGACAUCAGGACCCUGCUGCAGUGCGGCGUCAAGCCCGGACCCGGCAGCUUCCUCUUCACGGGCCGGGUCCACUUCGGCGAGGCCUGGCUGGGCUGCGCUCCGCGCUACAAGGACUUCCUGCAGGCGUACACCGCGGCCAAAGCCGCCCAGCAGAUCCCCUGUGAACUCCCCGUGGACUGAGGCAACGCUCCCAUGGAGCCCGUCGACCACGCAGAACCGAGGCCGUCAUGAAAGCCCGGCUGAACCCAGGCCCGGUCCACGGUUCAGAAGACGCCGCUAAUGGCCGAUGUAGUCAUGGUGCCGCCAAGAGAAAUUCCCAAAGGACUGAGGAAUGAAGGGGACUUUUCCCAACUCCAAUUCAGUGCAAUAUGCAGUCACCUGGUCUGAAAGACCUGGUCAAAGUAUGAGCUGUGGGACACGGUGGAAAUGAAGAUGUUGAGAAUUGUGUUUUACACAAUGAUGCCAUUUAGCAGGUUUAGAGAAAAUCAUCUAAAUAAGCUUCUCUCUGAGGAUGAAUGAAGUGAAGCUUAUUGAGAGUCAGUGCUUUGAAACUCAGGAUAACCUCUACAGAAAGAUCAGUGCUCCUCAGUGAGGAGAGGCUUCAGGCGGGAGUGAACGCAUGUCCAGUGAUGGGACGAGGCUCGUGUGCAGCGUUUUCACUCUGUAGGAGAUUAUAGAAAAGUCAUCGCGAAAGUAAAAGUUAAGCAAACGUAUUUGCACUGAUAAAGGAAAGGUUCGAUCCGGAAAGCGUGUGAUGCUGCAAGCACUGAAAACCAAAUAAAUAAAAAAAAUUAACUAUAUGUAGCAUAGAAUUUAAUAUAUGUACAGAUGACACGAGCACGUUGAGUAAAGGCACGAGGCUGCGGCUGCUGCAGGUUUCACAGAGGGACGUGGUGCCGGUAGCACUUUCAUAUUCUAGCCAACUCUGAGAUUUCAUUCAGUGUUUGACCUGAAUGACAUUAUUAAAGACUGGAGAAAUAAUUAAGACGAAACAAACCACUUUCAAAGCCUAAAUGACUGUUCUGUGAAAUAAUAUCAUUUGUAAUGUGCACUAUAUCGACAAGGGGAAGGGGUUCAUACCAAAUUCCUGAUAUGCUGAAGGAGCGUGUCUUAAAUGCAUCACUGCCAUUUUGCUGUUUGUUAUUCAUGUAAAUUUAUGUUAAUAUGAAUGUGAAUGUAAAUAUGUUUAUAAGAAAUUCUAAAAACAAAGACAUAAAAAUGUGUGUGGAAAAAAACAACAUUGUCUCAGUAUUGAGAGCGUUUUUUUAUGUUUGUUUGUUAUUAAAGUAUAAUGCAUGAACACA